AAUGCCAUUAGCUCGUGAUCUUUUACACCCAAGUCCCAUCGAGGAAAAAAUGAAGCACAAGUUAAAGAGACUCGUGCAGAAACCUAAUAGUUAUUUUAUGGAUGUUAAGUGUCCUGGAUGCUAUGCUAUAAAAACWAUUUUUUCACAUGCCCAAAAACCUGUGGAGUGUGAUGGAUGUCGUACWAUUUUAUGCACACCGACUGGUGGGAAAGCACGAUUAACAGAAGGUUGCUCCUUUAGAAGGAAGGUUCAAUGUUAAUGUUAUGUGACAUGAAUAUUAUUCUUUACAUUCGAUAAAUAAAUACGAUUAUACUGUAA